UUGUGUAGAGGAUGUAUUUCCGGCAACAGCGAAGGCAGCACGCCAACCGACGGCAGUAACUGUUACGGAUUUACACACUAGCAUUAGCAUUAGCUUACUGUCAAGACACAACGGCGGAGUCGUCUCGUUAGAAGAAAUACAAUUUCACAAUGUCAGGUGUUGCUCCAGAAGGUUCCGCUGCAGGGUCGAGCAACCGGCGCUUGCAGCAGACCCAGGCCCAGGUGGAUGAGGUCGUGGAUAUUAUGCGCGUUAAUGUGGACAAAGUGCUUGAACGAGACCAGAAGCUGUCUGAACUGGAUGACAGAGCAGACGCACUGCAGGCUGGAGCCUCCCAGUUUGAGACCAGUGCCGCUAAGCUGAAGAGGAAGUACUGGUGGAAAAACUGCAAGAUGUGGGCCAUCCUGAUAGCUGUCAUUUUGAUUAUUGUGGUCAUCAUUAUUAUUUGGAGUCAGUCAUAAAACAACACCUGAAGGAAGAGGGGUGGAGGAGAAGAUGAAGACAAGGAGAGGAGCAAAGUGCAAAUUAAUGUCAGAAGCCACAUGAUUACUGCCUACUGAGCUCCACAGCAACUUUCUCCGACAGGGGGUCUUCAUUCCUAGUCCUAGAGUGCCUUGUAUGUGUGUGUCUGCAUUUAUACCUGAGUAAAUAUGAACACGUAAUACUACAAUUGCACCCUGUUAUUCUACUCGACACCAGACGUCAGACGUUUCAGAAUUCCACUGCACAUGCCAAAGAGAACAGAAACAUACACGCAGAAACAGGUUGAUAAUUAAGGUGUGAUAAAUCAGCCUCUUGGGGUGAUGUCAGGUAAGGUUUUGGAACCAUUGAAGUAAACAACUAGUGCCCCAGUUUAGGGUUUGUGUAAGUCAGUUGACCAUGGCUGUAUGACAAGUAUACACACAUACUACAGACUCAGGACUACAAAUGACAAAUGUUGUUGUAAAUUCUCCUCAAUGUAUAUUUUCUUUUCAUGUUAAAUAGCCAUUGAUUUUUUUUUUCUUUGUGUGUGUGCCUGACUAAGAGAAGUGCCUUUGAUGAUGUGCUGUUGUAUGUUGGUUUCAGUUACAAUAAUACUUCAGCAUAUCAUGAAAGAGAUACCCAUUUUGAACACAUGUAUACCUCUGCUCAUCAGAGUGUGCCACCAAUAUUUUGAAUUGUCCCCAUUUAUAAAAUUGCUGGUCUGUUACUCAGUGAAAUGUUAAAGAUGAUCGGUGCAUGGUGGAAUUCAACACCUUAUGUACAGUAUGUUUGUGGUUAGAUUUCAGAAGAAGAAUUUCAUUGAUGGACUCCAAAAGGCAUAACAGAAGCCCAUGAUUACAGCACAUUUUUGUCCUUUAUCUGCCUUGAAUAAAUAGUUUUACAGAUGAAGCCUUUUUUUUUUUUUAAAUUUAGAAUAAGUAAGGGCUUAUAUUGUAACACUCACAGCCUUAAAAAGACUAUAGAGACACUCCUAAAACGUAAAAGGAAAACUGCUGCAUUCUAAAGUCUCAAGUCAAAAAAAUGGUUGGUGUCAGUUUGGCGCUUUCCAAAAUCUGUCAAUGUUUGCCAAGUUUGCCUAGUGUAAAACCCACAACCACACAAAUAAAGAAAUGCCUUCAUAGGUUCCUCUAUUGGGGAACAGCCAAAUAUACAGCCCUACCUUUUUGAUCCUUUACACCAGCCGGUUAAAGACUAGUGCCUUAUGAAUAAUCUGACUUUCCAAACAGUCAUAUAAUCUGACUUUCCAAACAGAUACAGUGCUGCUUGCUUCAAUCACAUGAGUUUAUUGACCUUUCAGAUUUUUUUGUGCAUUCACACUGGUAUUCUCAUGUGUGUUGCUUUUAUUCUAUUAUCUCUCUUAUGAGCUAUGUUGCUAACUUAUUUGUAGAACUAAUCCUAGGGAGACUGUAGUAUUGCAAGAUGCUCAUUGCAGCUAAGCAUCAUUGGUGUACAGGUAAAACGUGGUUGAGCAAUGACAGUGUAUGAUAUGAUAUAUGAACACUGGAUGAUUGCAUCUUCACCUGUUGCUUCCAAUUUAUUAAAAAGAAAUUAAUUUUAAUGAUACAAAACAUACCUUGUCUUUGUACAAUAAGUUUAAUCUCAACACAAUUUAUGUUUUUCUUACUCUAAAGUGUUGCAUUUUUAGUAGCUUUAAGACUUGUGCCAGGUAUUUCUUUGGUCUUUGUAGUGCAUGCAUUAUAAUAUCCAGCCACACUAACAAAAAUAGUAAAAACAUAUAGCCAGUUGUAACUGUUAAAUACUUGUCUGGUAUUUUCAGAGGCCACUGGAAUCAUUUUCAGGGGCCAGUGCUUUUGUCAUCAUCCUCUCUUGUGUAAAAAAUGUGACACGUAGUAACUUUUAUGCCUUGGUUAAGUCUACCCACUGGGAAUGCAUUUGGAAAAAAGUGCAAUUUUACUCUUUGGCCCUAUAUGCCUUUUGCUUGAAUAAAGCGGAUUUAACUUGAA